GAGAAAUGGGUUCCCAGGGGCUACUGUCUCUCUGCUUAUGGAUUGCUGUUUGUGGAGGUGUGGGAUGCGCAAGUCCCAUAGGAACAGACUUUAUCACCACUUUUUUACAGAAUGCGUUCCCAAGCUAUACACAACCAAGGCAGGAGCUCCGUAUAACGAGCCACCAUGACAACACUUCUGUGUCCAUCAGUUCUUCUGAUGGUGGAUUCAGCAGAAAUCUCAACUUAAAUAGUCACCGGACCAUUUCCGUCCAACUUCCACCCUCCGUGGAGAUAAGGGGCAGCGUGAUCUUCAGCAACACCAUCCGUAUCACAUCUAACAAACCAAUCAACGUCCUUACCCUUAACUACAGGUCAUACAGUGGAGAAACCACCAUUGUCUACCCUCUGGCUAGCCUCGGAAUGGAAUACUACUUAAUAACACCUAAAAAUGGUUAUAUGGGGUCUCCUAAAGUCUUCUCAGUGGUGGCUUCUAAGGAUGAAACAUCUGUUGCCGUCCAUUUAAAAGGAGGUUUAACUUUCCAGAACAAGAAUUAUCCACCUAAUAGCGUAUUUACUGUUGUUCUAAAGCCCUUCCAAGGGAUUCAGCUUCUCGGUUCAGAUGAUCUGUCAGGAUCUAGAGUGAUAUCUCAGAAGCCCGUGGCUGUGUUGAGUGGACAUUCUUGCGCUAUGGCCAAUACUCGGUGUAGUCUUACCUAUGAACAACUUCUACCCGUUUCUGAUUGGGGAACUGCAUUUUUUGUCGUUCCUCUGAGUUUUCAGACAAAGACAGACACGGUGUUUGUGACUGCAUCAAGGCCAACCCAAUUGACCUAUGUCCUAGGGACCUCUGAAACUAAUGUAGUCAUGGUGGCCGGCCAAGUGACUCAAAUCGAGAUGUCAAAUGUUGCUCUUAGAAUUACGGCCAGCGCCGCGGUGCAGGUCACGGUUUUCUACACCGGUGGGAGAGUUCAAAGAUCUGAAUAUAGCCCGAUGCUCAUGAAUAUCAUGGACAUCUACAGUUACUGCUCUUCCUAUUACGUUUACGGGCAAAGUGGCACCGAUAAUUACGCCAUCGUCGUAGCAAAGAAAACUUCAGUCGACGGCAUCACGUUUGAGGGAGGAUCCCCAAGGGUUUCACGGUAUAAUCCCAUACAGGGAACCGACUACGUAUGGUACGAGUACUAUUAUGGAAACACGUUAACGUCUCAUUUAGUAGCGCACUCCAAUGUUUCAUUUGGUCUUCAAAGCGUCGGAGUCGGUUCUUUCUACAGUUACGGUUCAAUGGCUACCUGUGUGAAAGCUUCAGAACCCGUUCCCCCAACUGUACCCCCAACCACAACCCCGGCACCCCCUUCCUGCAGCUCCAUCACUUGCCCCCCACGACAAGAGUGUAUCAUGGAGAGAGGGGUUCCAAAGUGUGUCCCACUGAAAGUAAAUUUAUGUUGGGCAUCUGGAGACCCCCAUUACCGCACCUUCGAUGGGAGGUAUUACGACUUCAUGGGCACUUGUACAUAUACCCUUGUCUCCGUGUGUGGAAAGUUUGGGGGCGCUCUUCCGAAGUUCACCGUCCUGGCCAAGAAUGAGAACCGUGGGAAUGUGCGUGUCUCCUACGUGGGGCAGGUCAGCUUUCUAGUCAACGACCAUGUGAUCGAUGUGAAGAAAUCAGAGAUUGGCUACGUGAGGGUGAACAAGUCUCGAUCCUCACUCCCAGUGUCUCUAAUUAAUGGAACUCUGAGGAUAUUCCAGAGCGGGAACACAGUAGUUAUCCAAUACGGGAACGACGUCCAAGUGUCCUACGACUGGAACCAUGUUGCGAUUGUUGAGCUCAGUCUUCGCUAUGCCAAAGCUGUGUGUGGGAUGUGUGGGAACUACAACCAGAAUCCAUCAGAUGAUUUCCAGACUCCUGAUGGACCACAAGCAAACGGAGUUGUUGCCUUUGGCAAGAGCUGGAAGGUAGAAGACAACACAACAUGCUGGGACGAUUGCCAUGGUCCGUGCCUCAGUUGCCCCCCAAAUAUGGCAGAAAAGUACACGACAGACGCCUACUGUGGACUCUUGGAUAAAACUGAUGGGCCCUUCAGCCAAUGCCAUUCAAUUGUCAAUCCAAAAAUGUAUUCUGAGAACUGUGUGUACGAUGUAUGCCUCAAUGAUGGCUACAAACAAUUUUCAUGCCGAGCCCUCAAAGCAUAUGCAGAUGCGUGCCAGAGACAGGGCCUCAAUAUCAGUCAGUGGAGAGAUGGAGCUGGAUGCCCCUUCUCCUGCCCCAGUAACAGCAAGUACAAUUCCUGUGGAAGUGCAUGCCCGGCCACAUGCCAGGACCCAGAUGCAUCACUAUUAUGCACUGCUCCAUGUAUAGAGGGCUGUGAGUGCAACCCAGGUUUUGUUUUGAUACAAGGAAAGUGCUUACCCAUAGAAAGCUGUGGAUGCUUUUUUGAAGGACGAUCCUUUUCUGCCAAUGAGACAUUCUGGAAAGACACAAAAUGUCAGGUUAAGUGCACUUGCAAUGGGAGGAGCCAGAAGGUGGAGUGUAAGGAGACCUCUUGUAGACUAGGUGAAGAGUGCACUGUAAAAGGAGGCCUACGAGACUGUUACCCAAUCUCAUUUGGCACUUGCACCGUUUCUGGAGAUCCUCACUACUUUACCUUCGAUGGACUACGAUAUGAUUUUCAAGGGACCUGCCAAUACCAGCUUUCAGCAUUGUGUAACCAUAGCCGCGACCUUACUGACUUCCAGGUCAAUGUUGAGAACCGGAACAGAGGAGACUUUCGAGUUUCUUUUGCUUCAGAUGUUUACGUCAAAGUUUAUGGUAAAGAAGUCCAAAUCAGCAUGCAACAACCCCACCAAGUAACAAUUGAUGGUUCUCUCAAACAUCUUCCAUACAGUUCUACAGAUGGUCGCAUUUCUCUGUACCAGAACCCUAGAUCGGCUGUGCUGAGCACUGACUUUGGGCUCACUGUCACCUUUGAUUGGUACAGUGUUGUAACGGUCACCAUCCCGGGCACAUACAGUGGGGCAGUCUGUGGACUUUGUGGCAAUUUCAAUAAAGAUACAGUAGAUGAUUUGACCUCAAGAGAUGAAUCAGUUUUAGAGUCAGCGAUCUCCAUUGCUCAAACCUGGAAAGUUGGAGGUACGUCUGGCUGCAGUGAAGGUGGCAACCCGGUUUGUGCUGGGUUAGAAGAGCUGCAGAAGAAGCAGAGGGAUGGAAGCACCGAAUGUGGCAUUUUACUAGGACGUGAAGGACCUUUUCGUGACUGCCACAAACUGGUGGAUCCAGAACCAUUCUUUGAAAGUUGUGUUUAUGACUAUUGUAUUCUACAAAGCCGUCAAACUGUCUUCUGCUCAGUUAUGUCAUCCUAUGCCCAAGCGUGCCAGUCUGCUGGAGGCACUGUCUACCCAUGGAGGAGUGACGGUUUUUGCAGUUAUAUCUGCCCUGCAAACAGUCACUAUGAAGUGUGUGGUAAUGGCUGUCCCGUGACUUGUAAAGACCUCAUUCCCCCAGCUGGCUGCCAGUCCACUUGUAGAGAAGGAUGCGUCUGUGAUGCUGGGUUUGUCCUUAGUGGUGGUUCAUGUGUCCCCAUCUCCCAGUGUGGUUGUGUUUAUGGAGGUUUCUACCAUCCGGUUGGUGAGACUAUCUACACUGGGGAGAAUUGUGAGGAGAGAUGCACCUGUAGCCAGGGGGGGCAUAUGAUCUGUUCCCCAUCAUCUUGUUCCAUCAACGAAGAAUGCCGUCAAGAGAAUGGUGUGCUUGGCUGUUAUCCUGUAGGCUCAGCCGUCUGCUCCGCUUCUGGAGACCCUCAUUACAGGACCUUUGAUGGACGAGCCUUCGACUUCCAAGGAGUGUGCCAGUACGUGCUGACUAUGAGCUGUGGAGAGAGCUUUUCUGAAACUGGAAGAAACUUAACUGACUUUGUAGUUAUUACCAAAAAUGAUCAUUUCGGCAGCAGUGCGUCACUAGUCAGCCUUGUAACCGUGAAGGUCUAUGGCCAAACUCUUACCCUGAUACAAAGCCGAAGAGGAAUUGUACAGGUAAAUGGAGCUGAUGCCAGACUGCCAGUCACUUUAUCGUCGGGUAAAAUUCUCGUUGAGGUCUAUGGUCAAGGAGUUCUUGUAAGGACUGAUUUCGGUCUUGUGGUGACAUAUGACCUUUCCUACCACACCACCGUCAGGGUUCCGGGCAACUACAGAAACCAAACCUGUGGUCUGUGUGGGAAUUACGACAGCAAUCCCAUGAACGAUGUCGGUUUAACAUCAAGUGAUAUCAUUGCAUUUGGAGAAAAGUGGAAAACAGAAGAGAAGUGUGAAGCCGGCUGUGGCAGCGUGGAGAACCCUUGCCCAACAUGCCCAGGACCGAAGAUGGAAGUAUUUUCUCAAAACAAUUACUGCGGAAUCCUUAGUUCCACCGCAGGACCAUUUGCCCCGUGCCAGUCAGUUGUGGACCCUGCUCCUUUCCUAAAUGAUUGUAUAUAUGACCUGUGCCAAGCCAACGGGGAUACCAUCAUGCUUUGCAACAAUGUGGCUGCUUAUGCUGCUGCAUGUAAGGAGGCCGGAGUCAGAAAUAUAACAUGGAGGACAGAAUCAUUUUGUGAUAUGAAGUGCUCGGCCCGCAGCCACUACAGCCAAUGUGCAGAUCUCUGCUCCUCCAGCUGUGCCGCUCUCUCCGGCUCGUACCGCUGCCCCGGCCUCUGUGAGGAAGGAUGUGAAUGCGAUGAAGGAUAUUUAUUUGAUGGCGCUCGCUGCGUCCCAUUACAAGAGUGUGGCUGCUUUCAGAAUGGAAGAUAUUACAAGCCAAAUGAAACAGUGCUGAACGAGAGCUGCAGUUCUGCUUGUACUUGCAACCCAAUCUCAGGGCUGCUGUGCCGUAACACUGUCUGUAAUGAAGAGGAGAGUUGUCAGAUUGUCGAUGGUGUAAGGUCCUGCAUCAAUAUUGACCCCUGUAAGUCCAAAACCUGCCGUUCUAUGGAAACCUGUAAAGUCCAAGAUGGAAAAGCCAUCUGUCUUCCCAGUUUCACCGGGACCUGCAUCGCCUGGGGAGAUCCUCAUUAUGUCACAUUUGACUCCUAUAGCUUUGAUUUCCAAGGCACUUGUACCUACACGCUAGUCAAUUACACUGGAGGAGACUCUAGCCUGGAACCGUUCCAUAUUGAGGCCAAAAAUGAAAACAGAGGCAGCCAAUCAGUUUCUUAUGUCAGACAAAUAAAUGUCAUGAUCUAUGAGAGUAAGAUAAGCAUCCAUGUUGGAGAGGUCGGCAAAAUACAGGUCAAUGGUAUCUCAACCAAUCUGCCCUUCACUCUGCAAGGCGGGAAGUUAAAAGUCAGCCAAAGCGGCAGCAGCGCGGUUCUGGAAACCGAUUUCGGCCUUGUCGUGAAAUAUGACUGGAACUGGUACUUGGUCAUUAAUCUCCCCAGCAGCUACCACAACAACGUUUCUGGCCUUUGUGGGAACUUCAAUGGAGACCGCGGCGAUGAGUUUCUAUCGCCCAAUAACACCCAAAUGGCCUCCAUAAAUGAAUGGGCAGGAAGCUGGAGAACUGAUGAUGGAGACCAGUUCUGUUGGGACUAUUGCCCUGGAAGUUGCAAGAGCUGUGAAGAAAGCAAGAGGCACCAGUACGAAAGUGAAAAUUUCUGUGGUCUGAUACUCAAAGAAGAUGGACCUUUUAGUGACUGUGUUACUAAUAUCUCCUCCAAAAGUUUCUUUGACAGUUGCGUCCAUGAUGUCUGUUUGAAUGAUGGAGCCCAAGUUAUCCUUUGCCAAGCCCUGGGCGUCUAUGCGAGUACGUGUCUGAAACACGGCAUUAAUGUCUCUGAUUGGAGAUCACCUUCGGCCUGUCAUAAGAAAUGUGGAGAGAACAGUCACUAUGAAGCCUGCGGAAAUGCUUGCCCGGCAACCUGCUCGGAAAGAAAUGCUCCCGAACAAUGCGAAAAGCCCUGUGUAGAAACGUGCCAAUGCAAUGAUAACUUUGUCCUCAGUGUUGACAAAUGCGUCCCUAUAUCAAGCUGUGGCUGCCACUUUAAAGGGCAGUAUUAUGAGCCUCACCAAGAGUUCUGGGCAGAUGAUAAAUGCAGUGGACUCUGCAAAUGUGAUCCCAUUUUGGGUAUGGUGGUGUGCCAGCAAGCACGUUGCAAAGCCAGUGAAUCAUGUGGGGUGGUAAAUGGAAGGCGAGGCUGUUAUCCAAUCAAAUACAGCACCUGCACUGCAUCCAAUGACCCUCAUUAUACAACAUUUGACCAACACAGGUUCAACUUCAUGGGUACUUGCAUCUAUCAGAUGGCUGGAGUGGUGUCCAACGAUUCAACACUCACGAGUUUUACGGUUAAUGUUCAGAAUGACAACCGGGGGAACAAGGCCGUGUCAUUCACCAAAGAUGUCCUAUUUGAGGUCUACAACUACACAAUAACUAUGAGCAAAGACUUCCCCAAGAAGAUUAAGGUCAACGGGAUUUUGACGGAAUUACCUUACUAUUAUGAAGCAACAAAGAUCAUUGCCUACACCAGCGGGGGCCACACCUUCGUCAAGACAGAUUUUGAUGUUACCGUGAGCUACGAUGGGAACAGUUAUGCCAGAGUGAUCUUGCCGAGCGCCUACGCUGGCGUAAUGACUGGUUUGUGCGGCAACAACAACCAGAAUCCAUUGGAUGAUUUCACAGUCGGAGAAGGAAUCGUAGCCAAAACGGCUGAAGAGUUUGGAAACCACUGGAAAGUGGGGGAAGUACCAGGAUGCGCAAAUCAUUGCCCUGAUUGUCCGGUGUGCACCCAACAGGAACUGGAGCCAUAUAGAAGUGAAAAGUACUGCGGGCUCCUUUCCAGCACUGAUGGGCCUUUCAAUCUCUGCAGUUCUGUGGUGGAUCCAAAACCUUAUUUUGAAGACUGUGUCUUUGAUACCUGCCAUUAUAAAGGCCACCAAACCGCUUACUGCAACAACAUUGCUUCCUAUGUCUUCGAAUGCCAGAGAAACGGUGUUAUCAUCAGGGACUGGAGGACCCCAUCUUUCUGCCCAAUGACUUGCCCGUCGAAUAGUCACUAUGAACUCUGUGGCGACGGUUGUCCCAGCACUUGCUAUGGACUUACCUCUCCCCGAUCCUGUGAAAAGACCUGCUCAGAGGGGUGCUACUGUGACAGCGGGUUCCUCCUCAGUGGAAGAGAAUGUGUUCCUAUUGGCCGAUGUGGCUGCGUAUUUAAUGGAAAAUACUAUGGAACGGGGGAGGAGUUUUACGCCGACGGUCUGUGCCAGAAGAAAUGCCGAUGCAGCAAUAAUGGGGAAGCCAUUUGCCAAAGCAAUAACUGUGGACCUUAUGAAGAAUGCAGAGUGGUUCAAGGUGUCCUAGGCUGCCAUGCUUCCCAUUUUGGCCAAUGCACAGCUUCAGGGGAUCCCCACUUCUUGACCUUCGAUGGGGUUCGGUAUGACUUCCAGGGAACGUGCACCUACAUGCUCGUUCGAGUAGAUACUAACGGUACAGCUUUCUCUGUGGCAGUAGAUCAUGAACCCUACGGAGAUGGAAAUGUGGCCGUCACCAAGUCAGUCACUGUGGUUAUUGGAGAUCUGGCCAUUCGCAUGGAGAGAGGUGGCCUCGGGAGCGUUGUGAUCAACAACGAAAGACACAACCUUCCUUACCAAUCCACCGACGGUCAGGUCUGGCUCAACCAAGAAGGAAACAAUGUUAUUCUACAGAGCAGGAUUGGUCUAAGGCUUCUCUUUGAUCGAAUGUACUAUGUUUCUGUCUGGGUCCCGAGCUCAUUCAUUGGAUUAACUCGAGGACUCUGUGGCAAUUUUAAUAGUGAUAUGUCAGAUGACUUCCAGCUUCCCAAUGGCAGCCUUGCUAUGGAUCCAGGUCACUUUGGUUCUUCCUGGGCUGUGGCCAGAGAUGGAUCAGACUGCAGUGGUUGCUCUGCAGGGAAAUGCCCAGUCUGUGAUCCACUUCAAAAAGAACUGGCCAAGUCACCUUCUAAGUGCGGGCUGCUAGCAGAUCCCCAGGGUCCAUUCAGAGGUUGCCAUGAGUUACUGCCCCCUGAUGGGCAUGUUGAGAACUGCAUCUAUGAUGUUUGUGCUGGCAAUGGGGGCAAGGACGUUCUAUGCAUGAACCUACAAGCCUACGCUGCAGAAUGCCAGUCCAAGGGGGCCCUUCUUGAUACAUGGAGGAAUGCUACAAACUGCCCGCUUGAGUGCCCACUCAACAGCCAUUAUGAACUCUGCACUCGGACAUGUGGAACGACUUGCUACAGCAUCUCGGCGCCCAGUUCCUGCACCGACCGAUGCUUCGAAGGCUGCGAAUGCGACGCCGGUUACGUCUCCGAUGGCCAUAAAUGCGUGGGCCUCAAUAACUGCGGCUGUGCCUACAGAGGGAGAUAUUUAAAGGCAGAAGAAGCCUUUAUGUCGGAGGACUGCCAGCAGAAUUGUACCUGUCGGGGGGGGAUUGUAUCCUGUACGGAAUCCAACUGUUCAGCCAAUGAGAUUUGCCAGCUGAGAGGCGGGCUGCGCGGUUGCUACUCGCGGGAAUCCGAAUGUACAAUCAGCCAGCAGCUUCAUUUGACCACGUUUGAUGGUGUCUCCGGGGACUUCCCCCAAGAGGGAGGGUUUGUUUUAUCCUCAUCUUGUAAUGCAACGGCAGAGGGGCAGUUCAUGGUGACAAUGGUUGGAAGUAGAUGCAACGGAGAGUUCAAAACUGGGACUGCUCUGCAUGUUUUCACAAGCCAAGGGCUGAUCACCGUGAACGGCAAAAGGGAAUGCUGGCUGAACGGAUGGAAGCUUCAACCCCCAACUGCCAUCGGAGACGGUUCUGUGCAGGUUCAGGUUUCCGCAGACAAAGUGACAGUUACAAUUGUUGACCAAAUCGCAGUGGUUUUAGGUGAAGAAGGUGAAGUAACACUGACAGCUAAAGAAAAGAUGUCGGGAGAAAUAUGCGGGGCUUGUGGGAAUUUUAAUCGUGAUGCAAUCGAUGACCUAAUCCUGAAUGGCGGGAAAGCAGCGAGUAGCAUCACUCACGUCAUCCAGUCCUGGGCGGCCAGUUACUUCUCAACAUGCCCAACGUGAGGUGCCUGGAAAUAUCAUUGGAGCUUUAACAAAACCAAAAAGUUCUAGAAUCCAAGGAAAAUGCUGUACAAAAGGUUCUGAAAAUAUAUCUCUCGGCACUUGGACUAAGUAACGCUGAUGGAGGCUGGUGGAUAUCUCAGCUUUUCUAUGGACUUUUCUAUGGACUUUUCUAUGGACUUGUGGUCUGUAAGGGGCAGAUCUACUAAAACUCUUUUCUAAAAUUAAAAAUUUCUCAUGUUUUUAUUUUGAAUAAUUUCCACUUAACUCAUUUCCCUGAAUGUCUGAUAUUCGUUUCAUGACAAAACCAUCCAAACUGAAAAAGUCUGCGUGGGAAAAAGUAGCAGAAACUGUGACUUUUUCGAAUUGUCAACCCGAAAACUCAAUUUUUUGAAUUGUCGCACAAAAACCGGUGUAAAAAAUCUGGAACCUCUAAAGUUUCGAGGCAAAAGAAGGAUCUUUCAUGUCUUUUACAUGAUCUCGAUUUUAGCCGGAGAAUUGUCGGAUUUGGAUUUUUAGCCAUUUGGAUGCUUAGUAAACCUCGACAAAGCAACAACUUUUUUUUCUGCAAUUUUUAGAGCUAAAAAUCAAAAGAUUCUGCUUCUCCAGAAUUUAAAUCCAUUUUUCAAAAACAGAAACCGAUUUUUUUGUAUUUAAUUUUGAAAUGUCACAUGGGGCUAGCCGUAUUCUUCAUUUCCCAGGGUGCCACAGCCAUGUGACCUGUGCUCUGAUAAACUUCAGUCUCACUUUACUGCUGCGCUGCAAGUUAGAAUCAUCUUCUGAAGCUGUGGACUUAAGGUGGCCAUAAACUGUAAGAUUUGCUCGUUUGGCGAAGUCACUAAAUGAGCAAAUCUUUCCUCCACCUUGGGCCUAGGGCCAAACGAUCACACAGUAAUGAUGGGGAUUGGAAAAUCGGAGCGAGGAGCACAUCAAUGAGCUGAUGCAGCCCCCAUCCGACUAAAUAUCAGGCCUGUCCGAUCGACAUCUAGCCAAUUUUUGGCCAGAAAUUGGAUGGAGAGGCCUGUCGGAGGGCCCCAUACACAGGCAGAUAAGCCACAAAGGACCCAAAUUGGCAGCUGAAAUCUGACCCUGUAUGGCCACCAUUAUACAUUAUACAAAUGCUUCAUUGCUUCCCCCAUGUUCUUGCACGCUUCAAAUGUUUUCUCUGGAAAUUGGAAUUGGCCAAUCCCUCGGCUAAAUUUCUAACAAGCUCCACCUUUAGAGUCUGUUUAUGGCAAGGGCCAAUCCUGUGUGCAGAUACAAAAAGUGCAUUUAUAUUGUUAUACUGUAUGUCAUCAUUAUAUAUAAAAUACAUUUUCAUCCAA